UUCCAGAGGAUCCACACCAUCACCAUCAACAGAACAUCAACAUCCAUCAUCUGCGGGUCCAUCUCAACCCUUGCUAGCCUCGACUCCCUGGACGAUCCCUGUAACAUGGAGCACUCUAGCACUUCUCUCGCUUUCUCGGACAUAAUGACCACGCCGACCGUUAACGACACGCCCUCCACUCCCAAUAGGUAACUCUCUCGAGUACCGUACUCAUCCUCACGGGCACUCAUUCACUCAUAAUUCAUGCCGCUGCGCGCGGGCGGGAACUUCCUUUGCACUCUCUCUGAUACCUGAUGUACCUACUUAUUCAUACCAUACCUUACCUGUAUUCCACAGUCUACACCCUACGAAAACCUUCCGACCGCCGUGGACCGGGAUCGCUCGUUCUCACAUAAUACAUACAUAACUCAAAAUCCAUAUUAAUUCAAGGCCCUCUCUUCUCUCUCUAGACUCUGGGCUCUACGCAUAACUCACUUAUUACUGUCUUGUCGCCAAGUCACCUCCAGUCAGUCACACAAGAUCCAACCUUGAUUGACUUGACCUGCCUUGGCCUCGCCUACAACUAUUAUUAAACUGCUUGAACCCUUCUUUUCCUUCUUUCUUCCCCCCCUCCUCUUUCACUUCAGCUUUCAUAUCUAUUAUAUACAUCCAUCACCACCCACUCCUGUCCCAGGUGCUUGGUACUCUACCACUACAACUGGCUUACACAUACUGGCUUACACCACUCAAUAUCCAUCCAAUCCAAACGCAACCCACAAUCUGGAUUGUAUAUCGCUUCAAUCAACUUUGCUUGGCAUAUCAUAGUCAUAUUAGCUAUAAUUACAGCAGCAAUGGGAUCAGGUAGCUUACCAUCUCCUCCCGCCGAGGAUCAUAAGUCGACCCUCUCUCGAAAGAGCACAUCGUCAAGUUCCAAGUCUGUCAAGCCAGUCCACCGCACUUCCAAGCGAGCCAGCUCAAGUGCUGCCACAAUUCACCACCACGACCAUGUUACACAUACAACUGGUAUGGACGGCCGACAUAAGCGUGUGUGGAAGGCUUGUGAAAGAUGCCGAAUGAAGAAGACCAAGUGCGACGGUGAAUUCCCAUGCAAGCGAUGCAAAGACGAUGGUCUAGUCUGCACAGCUGGCGUACGAAAGAAGAUGGAAUACAAGCAAUUGCCUAGAGGUUACGCCGAGGUUCUCGAGAACACACAAUUCGCCCUCAUUGCCACAGUCCACAAGCUUUACUCAAUGGUUCGAAAUAACCAAUCUUGGGAUUUGGGAGAACCUGAACUCAACGACCGCGGCCAGCCCGUGAUCCACAACAUCGCCCAGAAGCUCGGCUGCAUCCGCCCCAAUAGCGAUAUCGACCUCCCUGUUCACUCAGUGUUCCCUGAAGACGAAGCUGGCAUGGCUGAGCUGGCUCGACAGCUCGAGGAUCAACAAAAGGAGCACGAGCCUGCAAAGGAAACCAUCAAGGAUACUGAUUCAUCCGUGUGCAACCGAACCGAGCGAGCGUCUUCAUCGGAGCUCGAUCACUCCGACUUUGAGCACGACUAUCGAAGGGCUGCCUUUGGUAACACCAAUGCCAUGACCCUCUCACCGCAGAGCUUCACAGGCAGCGCCGACUUCGACUUUGCCCCUCCACCGCCCGAGAUUGAUGCUUCCAGCCUGUUCCCCUCGCAAUCGCCCGCCAUGAGCAACUUUCCCGCCUGGACAAUGACCAAGCCUCAGCCUAGCGACCUCACCAUGCAAUUUCUACAACAGCAGCAGCAGCAGCAACAGAAUGGCAUGAUGGCAAAUAUGGACUUGUUGAACCAGGGCCUCGUCGAAUCAGAAUUCGGAACAAUCAAGCCUCACGUUCUGUCAUGCCCUAACCCCGAAGUUAUGCUGGGCAUGGGCGACCCCAUGAUAUAUUCUGGCUACGACGGUGAACCAAUGCGACUAUAAGCAGAUGCGACUAUAAACACUUGACUGUACAGUACUAUAGACUUGUUUACGGCCAUCUUUGUUACGUCAAAAUUUGUCACGCGGCACGGUGUUCAUCGGGAUUCAAUCAUUUUUUUUCACUGGGCUUUCAUUUCUUGUUUGGGUUUAUACCCUUGGGGGGUUGGUGUUAAAAGGCACGGUUUCACCUCACAUGUGUGAGGUUCGGUGCGGCGUUGUAUGUUUUCCGACUGCUGACAGGAUAUGGGACUACUUGUACAAAGGUCGCCCAGCUCGACGCCACGACAGGACAGGAUAGGACAGGGCAACGUGGUGAUUGGGAGAUUGCAUGAUACAAAGAAGACGGAUGUGGAAUGACAACCACGAGCACGACCAUGGCACAAGCCUCUGUCAGAAGCACAGAGAGCCAAAGUUGAGAUAAAAAUCACGCCAUUCGAGGGAUAGGAAUAGGGUUCUUGAGAAGGAUGCAUAUUUUGGAUAGACCUGUACAUAUCAUAUGGAUACAUACCUAAUCCGACUCCCUAAAUUAUCAGAUCAGAUUGCCUGAAUUGCACAUGUCCAUUGCUGUCUCAUCACAUAUCUUGGAGUCACUGUGGGGAUGCAGUCACAUCAAUGGAUCCUACCAUGCCCUCCCUUUGAGCCGCCCGCAAAAGCAUAUCGUUAAUCCUUUAAUACUUUAUUACUGUAUGCAUCUCAUAAGCCACAGGCCCGCCUCCAUCAGAUCAUGGAGCAUUUGACCACACGUCACUUUGAGGUGGUCGAGACCAACUCUUCGCUUCUGUCCCUUGUCCCCCUUUGUUCUCUCUAGUUCUUUGAUUCAGGACCCUUCUGAAGAUCCAUACCGCAAAUCACCGAGCUGUCAAAAUCCGGUUCCGUGCAAAUGCCGUGGACUCACACACACACUUCUAACAUUUGCCCGAACCUGGCACGGACCAUUUGUGAUUGAUCGAAUUGGUAAACGAUGUUAUUCUUAACGGUUAUGGUUAAGCUAAUCAAUGAAUCAGCUGGGCUAGGGUGAUUGCAAAUCAAGCUCAACCUCGAUGAGAAACAAGAACUAUAAAAAAAAGGCCGAAUGCAUGAUACUAAAAAAUUACUCUGUUAUCUAUCUACCUAGACAGUAUGUACGGAGUAGACACUCAGUCUUAUUAGACUGCAGCUAAGCUCUAAAAAAUAGGCCGUCAAUGGCAGAUUCUAACCACACACCUAUAUCCCUCUGCUUAUUUGGUGCUAGC